CAAGAUGGCGGCAGCGGAGUCUCCCGGGCCGAACACCGACUGGCAGAAAAACAUCACAUGCAGAUAUUUCAUCCAUGGUGUCUGCCGGGCAGGGGACAACUGCAGAUAUGCUCAUGACAGAUCGGGGAAAGAUGCCAACAUUUGCCGAUUUUAUCUCAGUGGCAACUGUCGCUUUGGUUCAAGCUGCAGGUAUGACCAUGUCAAACCAAACUCAAAGAGCUCAUCUCAAAGAGCCAAUAAAGCGACUGCACUCAGUUCAGCCCAUAAAGGCACCACCUCUGUAGGCACCCUGGAAGAUGCCCCCAGCAAGAUGGUGAAGCUGCGGAAAGGCUUGGCCAGCGAGGCGAUGAGGGAAGACCAGCUGAGCCCACUCAGGAAGUGGCGCAUGGAGGAUCUGGUCGGAGCUGCCGAAUUUGUGCCUGGUCAGCUGUACGUCGGCUCUGUGCCGCCGACGUACUCAGCCGCUGCUCAGUCUGGUGUAGACUCCAAGGACGUCAGUCCUGGCCCGUCUGCAGUCCUUCACGACGGGCCGCAACACGCAGAAGACUUGCUGUGCCCAUUUGCGCUGCAGGGGACGUGCCGUUACGGCGAGAACUGCAAGUUCUUGCACGGGGAGGUGUGCGACAUGUGCGGCUCGGCCUGUCUCAUUAUCAAUGAUCCUGUGCAAAACAAGCAUCACCGUGAGUUAUGUUUAGCAGCCCACGAGAAGAGCAUGCAGGAGGCGUUUGCCUUCCAGCACAGCAAAGACGUCCAGUGCUGCAUCUGCAUGGAGGUCGUCUUGGAGAAGUCGCCGGCCAAAGAGCGUAAGUUCGGCCUCCUGUCCAACUGCAACCACCCUUACUGCUUGUCCUGCAUCCGCAAGUGGCGCAGUGCUAAGCAGUACGAAAAGAAAGUUGUAAGAGCAUGCCCAAUUUGCCGCAUAGCCUCACCCUUCGUCACACCGAGUGAUUUCUGGGUUGACAAUGCAGAGGAGAAGAAGACAGUAUUGGAGAAGUACAAAGAAGCAUUAAGUAAAAAAGAGUGCAAGUAUUUCAAGCAGGGUUCUGGAACCUGUCCAUUUGGUGCCGAGUGCUUCUACCUCCAUGCCUACCCAGAUGGAACCAAGGAGGACCGUACCAAGGCACGCCAGUUCAGCAGUGGGGACGGCAAACUCAACACCUGCCGCUCCUUGUCUCUGUGGGACUUUUUCGAGGAGAGGGAAAACCGUGUGAUGGACUGGGACAGUGACGACGAUGACGACUGGUUUCUGUACUAUGACUGGUCGGAUGAUUUCGACUUCAGUGACAUUGAGGACCACGGACUUUGGAGUGAUUACUUUGAGUUUUUUGGCUCAGGGGAGAGCUCUGACUACAGUGAGGAUGAGGAGGAAGAUGGAGAUGGGAUUGCCGCGGCGACCGUCGCCAUGGCGGCUUCCUCAAUGCAAGGCGGUGCCACUGUAUCAUCUGAUACCGAUGAUGAGGGAGAGACGGGGAGCGCUUCAGGUGAGGGGGAGAAUGGAGCUGUUGCUGUUGACGGUGAAGACGAAGAUAAUGAUGAAGAUGAUUACGAUGAUGAUGAUUCAGAUGAUUCUGAUUCACUCUGAUGUAUAAUUUAGGUACUGCAUAAUCCCUUCAUUAUGCAAGACAAAGUUAGGAAUUCACUACUUAGCAUUUGACAAUCUCAUGUGUGCGCAGUCGUUAAAAACAAUAGCAUUAAAAACCUCUGACACUUACAAACUCAGUAGCGAUCAAAAGUUUUUAUAAUCAAUAUAAACAUCCGUUUAUGUGGUCUUGUAAUCAAUUUUUUUCUUCCUCUUAAACUAAUAUUUAGGUCAAAGAAUUUAGUUUAUAUAUACAAUGUCCAAGCAUAUCAUUCUGGGUCCGCAUUUAAUUUUUCUGUUUUGUUGGAGGGGGCACAUAAGGGUUACAUGUAUCACUGCUUGGCAAAAUUUAUAAGGAUUGAAAACAAAGAUAUUAUUGCAGAGCAGCGAAUCCUUUUCCCCGAGAUCAGUCAGAUGUGAAGGUCUGCAAAAUGUCAUCCAACCAGGGCAAACAAGUUUUGACACCAAGAGGCCCAAUCACAGAUAACAGACGACACCGAUAAACUUGAAAACAUUAUCAAUGUUGGGGGGAAAAGUGGUGCCCUUGUUAGAAAGUUUAUUAGCUAAUUGCUGAAGGCAUGUGACUGAUCUCUUGGAUACUAAUAUACCAUCAUGGACAGGAGCAAAAUUUGGCCUCCCAAGAUAGUGCCUUGUACCUUCAGUGUCUCAAUGCCCUAUCCAAUCAGUGUAACUUGGGGAUCAGUGGUGUGUGUAUGUUGUAGGACCUCGAGAAGGAUUAAAGUUUCCUAUCUUGUGAUUAAGAACAACAUUGCUGCUUUUUUACAUAUGCACCAUUCUGCCAAAACAUUUGAUUCUAGUUUGUGAUGGUGUUUGCAUGUUCUCAGGAUAUACAAGUCUGUUGUUCACUUCUUAUUUCUUACGUAGCAUUCUUUUAUAUAACAUAUUAAAGCUCCGAACUCAGCAUGAUGGAGCAAUUUAAGUGAUGCAUAUAUUGCUUUCUGUGCAUUAACCCUAACCCCCCAAGGGUUGCUGGCCCUAACCUUUUGUGCACAGAGGCU